CUGGACGGGGAGACUCGGGAAGAUCGUUACUGCGCGCCGGGGAUCCAGAGACGGACGACACGCGAAAGACAUGAUAUAUGCACAGCAAGAGCUUCUUAUGCGUGUCAUGUCCCUGGGCCGUCUUACACCCAUCUCAUCCAUCUCUGGUAAUUGGUUUUCGGGAGAGAGAGGAAAGCACGAUUUGACCGGGUGGCGGAAAACGCGCGCGGAGCCAGGGACGGUCACUCGCGCGCGCGAUAGGCAUCGCCUCCCAUCGCCCGCACGAGUGCCGGGUCAGGGUCGACCUGUGUAUAGUUGGAACUUGUGCUGGAUUCGGCUGGUCAAGGCAGGGAAGUGAAGGCCCUUGACUUAGUGUCCCCUCUCCUCUGGUCUAGCCCGCCGUGGCAGAAUCUGAGUGACGCCCAUCGCAAGAGACGACUAUCAAUCAAUCACAUCGGUGCUCACAUUUGAUUCAAGCCGAGCGUAAAUGACUAAUAGAGGUGCUCGGGAACAUAUGGCAG